AUGCUCCUCGCCCUCUGCCUGGCCGCCGUUUCGUCCGGCGUCCACAAGAGCGGCGGGAAGAGCAGCAAGGAGUCGAGCAAGGGGCCGCCGAAGGAGACGUCGUCGGCGCCCCACCUGCCGCAGCACGUCCUGCAGGCGGUCUUGGACCAGUUUGACGCGCUCGCGCCGGACGGCAAGCUCACAAAGUCGGUGCUGCAGGCGGAGCUGAAGAAGGCGCUGGCGAAGCGGCACGAGGCCCCCUUUGGCCUCUUUGACGACCCGAGGCAUCCUGGCUGCCCUCGCGCCAUUGCGGAGGUCGGCGCGGGCGGCGCAGCAAACAUCACGGGUUCCGACGGGACGAGCGGUGCAGCCUGGGCGGUCCGCGCGCUCGUGACUGGCAAGGAGAUCGAGGCGAACUUCUCGGCCAAGGGCGGCCCCGCCGCGCUCACCGGCAGCUGGAACGGCAGCGCCAUCAAGUGGGCGGACGGGAACGUGUGGACAAUCCGGAGCAGUCCCGCGCCCGGCUGCGCCUCGGCUGUUGCGGUGUCGGCGACCGCCGCGUCGGUGCCCGCCGCGUCGGUGCCCGCCGCAUCGGUGCGCGGGGCGCCCUUUUAA